AUGAGGACCGCCAUCGUCAUCUGCGCCUUCGUGGCCAUGUUCGCCUUCGUGGCUGCCCAGUCCCCUGCCCCCGCCGCGGAGGGCCGCAUCUGCCACAUCUCGUGCUACUCGAUCGACUGCGCCAAGGCCCUGGCCGUUAAGAAGCAGCUCCUGGACCUGUCCAAGGUCAAGUACAUGAUCGAUGCCAAGGCCUGCAACAAGGCCGGCUGCAAGGCCAUCAUCCGCUACUCAUUCGCCACCCAGAAGGAGUACGACGCUUACCAGUCCAUGGAGAAGAAGGACCCUGCCCUUGUCAAGAUCUACAAGGACAACGGCCUCGUCUCCGCCACCCCCGAGGGCCUCAAGAAGAACGGUCCCUGCGCCACCCUCAAGAACUGGUAA